AUGGGUCGCUGGUGCCGUCUGCGCGGGGCGGCCGCUGCGACCAGCCUCCGUGCCCAGAUCCUGGCGGAGGCGGAGUCGAAGCCCAGGAGACACCCUCUCUGGCUCGGCUUCCCGGACAUCACGGCAUCCCGCUAUGAUACCAUCCUUUCCAUCACGCAGCCAUUCAGACGGCAGCCGCCACCACCCUGUGGCGCCCAAGUAGCGCGAUCAGCGGCGGAAGGCGCCGCCGCCGUGGCUACACGGGCGCUGCCGUACAGGGAUUUGACCCCGGGUCUGCGCCUGACUAAUGGGGAAGACUUACCCCAGAACGUUAUGGGGCUACCGAUGUAUAACCGGUAG